UUGGUGGAUGCACUCGCCGAUCCUCGUGCCUAUUUGUCAGCACAAGAGAAACGCAAAGAAGCAUUGCACAAUAUGGGUGUCGAUGAUGCCGACAUUCUCGAGAUACCGGCCAAUAAAAGUAACGCAAGCAAGAGCAGCUUGUUGCGCAUCAAUGGAUCGGCCACAAACCACGGUGGAGAUAUUGAUAUGAGUACUGGUAGUAAAAUGGAUACCAUUAAUAGGGGUGUAGCAUUGGUGGAAAUGCUAUUGUUAUGA